AUGUCUACCAAAAAUAUCGUUCUUUUACCAGGAGACCAUGUUGGUACCGAAAUUGUCGAUGAGGCCGUCAAGGUGCUCAAGGCCAUCAGUGAGGCAAAGCCUGAGAUCAAGUUCAACUUUGAGCACCAACUAAUUGGUGGUGCUGCAAUUGAUGCCACCGGUGUUCCAUUACCGGACGAGGCAUUGGCUGCAGCCAAGAAGGCCGAUGCAGUAUUACUUGGUGCGGUUGGUGGUCCUAAAUGGGGUACAGGUUCUGUGAGACCAGAACAGGGGUUGUUGAAGAUCCGUAAGGAGUUGAACCUCUAUGCGAACUUGAGGCCAUGUAACUUUGCCAGUGACAAGCUACUCGGUCUCUCUCCCUUGAAGAGCGAGAUCGUCAAGGGGACGGACAUUUUGAUUGUUAGAGAGUUGGUUGGAGGUAUCUACUUUGGGGAGAGAGAGGAGGACACGGGAAGUGGUAGAGCGUGGGAUACUGAGGCGUACUCGGUUGAGGAAGUUACUAGAAUCACUAGAAUGGCGGCAUUUCUAGCGUUACAGAACGAUCCGCCAUUACCCGUAUGGUCUAUUGAUAAGGCCAACGUUUUGGCAUCGUCCCGAUUAUGGAGGAAAACCGUUGAACAUGUCAUGGCAACGGAAUUCCCGCAAUUGACUCUACAGCAUCAGUUGGUCGACAGUGCGGCUAUGAUUUUAGUCAAGUCUCCAACGAAGCUCAACGGAAUCAUGAUCACCUCCAACAUGUUUGGCGACAUUUUGUCCGACGAGGCCAGCGUUAUUCCCGGUUCCUUGGGCCUCCUACCUUCCGCGUCUCUUGCUUCUCUACCAGACACAAACAAAGCCUUUGGUCUCUACGAACCAUGUCAUGGCUCUGCCCCAGACUUGCCCCAGAACAAGGUGAAUCCAGUUGCCACCAUUUUGUCGGCAGCAAUGAUGCUCAAGCUCUCCCUCAACCUUGUUGAAGAAGGCCGGGCUAUUGAGCAGGCCGUCAAGAACGUCCUUGACUCGGGCAUUAUGACGGGAGACUUGGGUGGCUCUGCCACCACCACCGAGGUGGGAGAUGCAGUUGCUGCAGAAGUGAAGAAGCUCCUCUCUUGA